CUUAAUAUGUGUCUGCGAAAACCGGCCCAUUAUGUAUUAAGACUAAUUUAGUCCUACUCUGUUGGACCACAGAUAUUGCCAUACAAUAUUCUAGUAUUUUGCCAUGAAUGAUUUAAAGGCAACCUUUAAUGCAUAAUUUUUGCUCCACAGAUUUAUUAAGGAAUUCUACGACAGCAAAGCAACCAUGGCUUGUAGCCUGUGAAUCAUAAGCAAUUUCUCAGAUCAGAAAGCAUAUGGGAACUAGGUUGCUGUUGGUGGCACCAACUACCUUUAGAGAUUUGCAAAUCCAGAUUAGUAGGCUACGCCAAUCAUGUUGAACGCUCAAAUAUUAAAUCAGAUUGUUUUCAAUCUUAAUUGUACUAUAUGUUAGCCUGUUAUUAAACACGAUAUCAUAAGUUAGCCCAUUUUCUUCUUACCCGGCAUAUAGCCGUUAACGGAUGAACCGUCCUUUCAGUACUAGUCCCAGAAUCCUUAUGCACAAUACCAUUUGCAUAGUUUGUAAUAACUUGCAUAACGUUUUUCUAUUUCCUCACAGGAAUGAUUAUCAGGAUGUUUAAAUUAAGACUCCUCAACGCUAUCGCACCAGCAUACUUUUUCUCAGCCACAACGGUAACCUUUAUUUUUCAUUUUUACUUUUUUAUCCCAACCAUUUUUCAAAGCCCAGGCAUCUCACUGAGGGCGUCUACUGUGAUUCAUACUGGCGUUUUCCUUUAUCUGAUGCUAAAUGCUUUGGGUAACUAUGUCAUGGCUAUAAAGUACCCCGCGGAGAGCUCACACGAAACCGUGAUACCUGCGUGUUCGGCUGAUUGUUCAGACAAAAUAGACGCGCACUACCUCCUCAACGGUCGCCACUUCUGCAAACUCUGUAAGAAAAUCAUACUCAGGAGGGACCACCAUUGUUUUUUCACGGGAAACUGCAUUGGCAACAAAAACAUGCGAUACUUCAUAAUGUUCUGCAUCUACACAUCUUGCACUUGUUUAUACUCCUUAGUUCUUGGUGUGGCCUUUCUAACUGUGGAAUACAAUAUCUCUUUUGAGAACCCUUUAACUUUUCUGACCCUUCUGCCCCUCUCCACUGGAUACUUCUUCCUAGGAGUUAUUUCAGGUCUGCAGUUAUUCCUGGUGCUGAUGUUGUAUGUGUGGCUGGGCAUCGGCCUGGUGUGUGCUGGGUUCUGCUGUCAGCAGGUGCUGCUGGUGGCGCGUGGGCAGACUUAUUGCCAGAUGAAGCGAGGCCAGCUAGUGGAGAGCCGAAACUCCUGGAAGGACAACCUGAGUGAUGUGUUUGGCUCCCGCUGGGCACUGGGGUUCUUUCUGCCAGUGCAGACAGUGGAGGCCUUUCCAAGAGACAUUGCUGUCCAGCACCACAAACAUGACUGAGGUUCACCAGGUAGAGGACCCUAAUAACAAUCAGUGGUUCCCAUAGGCAUUCCGCUCCCUAGUUUAUCUGGAGGACAGGUUGCCACCGUACAUCCAAUGAAUUGAGGAGAGCCCAGGGUAAACGUGUCCGUGAUAGAUGCCCACCAUUUACAUACAACGAUGCUCUGCGUAGAGAUCAACAACACAUAACUUACUGAUAGCGUUUUUGUUUUUUCAAACAUAGGUCUUCAAUACACUGAAUGUGUACAUAUACAGUACAUUUCUUAAAGGACAUAAGCAAUAGCAAUCUUAGACAUGUUUAAGCAAGUUUAUGGAUUACGGGUGCAAAAAAACAAUCAAGAGAUGUACAAGUACGUACACCAUGUAGUAAUCUGGGAUAACGUCAGAUAAAAAAAAAAAAAAUGUUUCGAAUACACUUAAAAGCUAUUAAGUGCAUCUGUAUGGUUUCUGUGCUUACUGGCAAUACGUGGCUAGAUAGUGAUUUUAUUAGAACAUCCUGAGAUGCUGCUAUACACUGGGAUUAUAUACCAGUUAAACAUUGAGGACAACAGAAGUAUAAAUGACUAUUACAGGUUGUGUGUGAUUGAAGUAUAAUUGAGUAUGUUAAUGUGAUCCAGGUCGACAUGUAUGUGAGGACCUGCUGUCCCCACAAAGAUAGCAACACCUGAAGGGUCAGACCAAGGUUUUGGACAGGUUACCAUUAGGAGUAAUGUUAUUUACAGCUUAGAGACUUGGUUAAGAUAAAAUGCAGAAUUGGACAAUGUUAAAUUAAGGUUUAGGCAUUCCUGUUUGGGAAUAAAGAUUAGACUAUUGAGGUUAUAUUUAGGUUUAUAUUACUGCACCUUUUUUGUCGAAAACAAAGGUUUUGAGUGAGGAGCAGAAGGGUUAAAAUUAAGAGACCACUGCAAAUUUAACACUUCUGUUCCUCACACAAAACUUUGCCGUGGUCUCCUAUUUUUUUUCCAGGAGCUGUACAUUUAGGAUUUAGGUCUAGGGAACAUGGAUUUCUGGGUUUCAGGUCCCAAGGAUAGAAAAACAAGUGUGUAUGUUCGUGUGUAUACAGUCAUGUGAAAAAAUUAGGACACCCCAUUAAAUAUUCAGUUAUUCAUUAAGAAAUUUUCACAUAUCGAUGUGUAAUCUUGUUUUAUUAAUCUCUGGAAAAGAAAGUGAUCUAAUUGCAGGUAAACAGCAAAAAAUAACAUUGUUUUCCUCAUUAAACAAAAGACAUCAACAUAAAUGCAUAUUCUGAGGAAAAAGUUAGGACACCCUACCCCCUAAUACCUAGUGUUACCCCCUAAUACCUAGUGUUACCCCCUUUGGCUGAAAUAACUUCCGUGAGACGCUUCUUGUAACCCUCUACCAGUCUCUGACAUCGGUCUGAGGAAAGUUGGCCCCACUCCUCAAUGCAGAAUGCUUUAACCUGUGUGAUGUUUGAGGGGUUUCUUGCAUGUACAGCCCGUUUCAAGUCACCCCACAGCAUCUCAAUGGGAUUAGGAUCUGGGCUUUGACUGGGCCAUUCCAGGACUCUCCAUUUCUUAGUUUUCAGCCAAUCCUUGGUGGAUUUACUGGUAUGUUUAGGGUCAUUGUCAUGUUUCAGGGUCCAGUUCCGCUCCAGCUUUAAUUUUCUUACAGAUGGUCUCACAUGUUGCUCAAGCACCCUCUGAUACACUGUAGAAUUCAUGAUGGAUUCUAUGAUGGUGAGCAUCCCCAAACCAUGACACUUCCACCUCCAUGCUUCCCAGUUGGUAUGAGGUUCUUUUCCUGGAAUGCUGUAUAUGGUGUGCGCCAAACAUGUCCUCUGUUCUGGUGUCCAAAUAAUUACAUUUUAGACUUAUCUGUCCAAAGAACAUUAUUCCAGCAGUCUUGUUCUUUGUCUACUAUCUCUCUGGCAAACUUCAGUCUGGCCUCAGUGUUUCUCUUGGAGAGUAAAGGUUUCCUCCUUGCACACAUCCUGUGAAGAUUAAAAGUGUGCAGUGCACUCUUUGAUUGUAGAGGCAUGCACUUUCACAUCAACAGUUGCCAGAGCCUGCUGUAGGUCCCGUGAUGACAUUUUAGGGGUUUUGGAGACUUCUUUUAGCAUCUUGCGGUCUGCUCGCGGGGUGAACUUGCUUGGACGACCAGACCUGGGCAUGUUGGCAGUUGUUUUGAAUGUCCUCCACUUGUACACUAUUUUCCGGACAGUGGAAUGGCUGAUUUCAAACUCUGAGAUCUUUUUAAAUCCCUUACCAGACUCAUAAGCUGCAACAAUCUUCCAUCUGAAGGCCUCAGACAGGUCUUUUGAUCCCACCAUGGUGUUCACUCUCACAUCAACAGUCAGGAGCACACCAAACUGAAUGUCUGAGGUUUAAAUUUGGCAAGUCUCCAAAAUGAUGAGUAACAAUGUUCUAACCAUGUGCUCCUGAUGUGAUACACCUGUGUGUGAUUUCAGCCAUUUUAAGUGGGACAAAAUGUGGGGGUGACCUAAUUUAUUCCUCACCAGAAAUAGCUUAUUUUAUUACAUUUUACAUAAAGUUUUAAAAGGUAUUUUCUUCAGUUUUACUUGUUAAGUUAAAUUACUUGAAUCUCUCAGUAUUGUUAAAAUUGAUAUUAAAUAUCCAUAUGUCUAAAUAUGUUAAAACAUUUUCAUAGGGUGUCCUAAUUUUUUCACAUGACUGUAUAUAUAUGUUGGGGUCUUAAUAACCAAAUUGAUUAUCUUUGGUAGAUUCUCUUUUGUGGGUUUGACAUACCAAGGGCUACUGUCGAAAACAAUGUAUAACUCAAAUAUCUGCAUAGCACACCUUGCCCAGGUUACAUAAUAUCAGGAAUACCGAACAUACUCUUGAACUUGAAUGUUUGAAUUGGAAUCAGAAUGAACUACUUCUAGAUAUACUGUGGGGGAACACCAGUUUAAAUCACAUUCUCUUAUAAAGUUACUCUGAAAGCAGGAAAACUGUGUUUUUACUCAUUAAGAGAGUACUUUUUGUUCUAUAGCCAAGUAACACAGGCUAAAAUGAGGUUCCUGUGACAACUAUUGUUUGCAUUGUGUUAUAUACUUACAGUGGGGAGAACAAGUAUUUGAUACAUAAGAAAAGCAGAACUUAAUAUUUGGUACAGAAACC